AUGUUCAUCUUCUGGCUGAGACACAUUGUCAAGACAGCCGCGCUUCGCUCGUACAGUCUACUCUCUGUCAUCCUGCGACUGAUCCGACACUGUCGUUCCAUCGUGAAUUGGAAAGAGAAAUAUUUUUGUGAACGGCCUGGACUCGGAGGUUUAGCAUUGAGCUCUCAGCCAGGGACCAACCAACCCAACUCCGAACCGGCUCCUCCUGUGAGCCUCGCAGUGCCGUUGCUCGAGGCACCUCUACAGAGUCUACAUAGCCAAGGGUCCCAAUUUCAAAUAGACAUCCAUCAGAUUCCAACUCCAGGACUUCUCGGAGGGUCAAAUGACGCAGGUUUAAAUACAGACUUUUCCCCGAACUCUUCUGCGCCAUUGAGACCAAGCUCUGCGUUCGAACACAACAUCCACGGGCCCGAAGUGGGUAUCACCACACCACCGCUUGUGGCAGCGCCAGGCCAAACCUGUGACAUCACCCUUACUCCCAUUACACCCCGACAGGUCAACCGAUACAAGAGGAAUGUGCCAGUUAAAGAUGAAUACAAUGCAUUCUUGGUUGAGAAAGGUCCUUUGGAUUGUUCAAAGGAGCUUGCUUCAGUAGCGGGAUGGGAGCCGCUCACGCAACCAGAGGGGGCUUUGAUAUUCUAUCAGCCAUAUAAAAGAGUUUUCACUGAUGUUGAUGUUCGAGAUCCCGAAACUAUAGUCAAACUCGACAAAGCUGUUGAGAAGGCGUACCAAGGAGCGCGUAAUGCGAACAUCCCCUUGGAUCCGUUCGUCGAGCUAGGGUUAGAGCUCAUGGUAGAAGACGGCGAAGAAAUGUGGGGUUACUACUUUGUUGACCACGAAAGACGUGUCAUUUUCUGGUUCGAAGACCACAUAUCCCAAUCUCUCAUGAGUUAUGUCCGAGGCGUAGAGAGAAAAAGUCAUAUUAAGUAUGCACUAGAAGCACAGUACUGCUCUUCUAUGUUUCGCAUGAUUCAUGGCGUUGGUAGGACACACAUUGCGUUAUUUCCAAACAAACGCUUCCUUCCAGAAGAUAUUGUGGUGGAACUCAAAGAACUUGUGAUGUAUGCUCAGGCAGAUACUAUCACUUCUCCAACUUCCCUAGUACGUUUUACUUUGGACCAGAUCGCAAGCAUUCUCAGCCUCGUCGAUCUUCUCACAAAUAGUGCUAACAAGAAGCGCGAGCAUUCCGUGUGGAUUGCCGCUCGAUUUAUGCAAGAUUUCUGUUACACAAAGUUUGUAAAUUUCUGUGGACAACCAGGCGCCCGACUUGACGUAGACAAGUCGUUAUACGGAGAGGAAUCUAACACCACCUCGAAAACUACGCUGUUUCGUGCGAUGAAUGUUAUUUUCUUUGGAUCUCCUGAUGCCCAGAGCAGGGCCUUCCACAAGAUAUUGGUCGAUGGAAACAUCGUUGAUGCGCGGUGGAAGCAGUACAUAGACAAGUUGAAUAGCGACUGGAAUGGAUAUACGAUAUUUUCUACUGUGAUGCUUGCUGUUGAUGUCAGCUUUCUCGCAGUCCCAUCUGUUCAGACUCAAACGCCUGUCAUCCUUCUAUCUUACAUAUCUACCCUCUGCGCCAUGGGCUCGUUAGUAGUUACACUAUUAUUGGUUGGACAAGUCAACAAGAGCCUACGAGGCCCCAAUACAGACGCGGCUUCUUUCCUAGUAGGAAUGGCGGGUUCUGUGCUUGGCUUAGAAAGCUUUCCCCUUAUGCUCAGUCUGCCACUCGGACUUCUGAUAUGGGGAAUAGUAUUAUUUGCCGCAGCAUUGUCUGUUGUAAUUUUCCGCACUUCUGGCAUUGCCAUCAUCUCGGUCGCAUAUCCAAUAUGGAUUGCCAUAGUCAUUCUAGCGACGUGGCCUGUACUGGCUGCAAAUCGUAUUCAUAUUGGGUCCCUCCUGCGGCACUGGUUUUACAUGUGGUGCUGGAACACGAUCCGACUCGUUGGUUACCUGUGGUACCGGCUUCACAUGUUGUAUUGGAUUACAGGACAACACACUUCUCGCCUGUGGAACAGGAUCAUAGAACAAGUGUCACCUACGGUCACUGCUCCCUCUCAUGUCUAA